UCAGUAGUAAAAUUACGUUUUUAUGAAGGCACUACAGCCAAUGAUGUAGAGCUAUCCGGGAAGAGGCGUGGUAAUGACGAUAUUGCUCAGAAACUGGUGCUUCCUUACCGGCAUUUCAGUAUUACCCCGUGGAGGAGUUUCACUGACAGAGGCGCGCUAUUUAUUUAUUUAUUGUAGUGUAUUUUAACAUUUACGGAACCCAAGAUGCUCAGCCUGUGCCUUUACGUCCCGGUCUCCAACUCAGACCAAGUUGAGGUGGAAUAUUUUGAGUCUAACAGACUGCCGUUGGAGCUGAAGUCUCUGUUUAACAAACUGAGCGUGUUCCUACCUUCCCAGGAGUUUUCAUCCUACCAAAGAUGGCGAAAGAAAACUUUCAAAAGGGAAGAAAGUAACUCAGAUGGACAGCUGGACUUUGAAGAGUUUGUCCACUAUCUACAGGACUACGAGAAAGACCUAAAGCUGGUGGUGAAAAGCCUCACCAGUAAGAAUGCAGGCUACGUUGAUUCUCAGGAGUUCAUGCAGUCCCUCCAGGACCUUGGUGUGCAUAUUUCUCCACAGGAUGCGGAGAAAGCCCUUCAAAGCAUGGAUAAGAACGGAAUGAUAACUAUCAGCAGUAAAGACUGGAGCAACUACCCAGUAGAGGAGAAGACCGAGAACAUCCCUGAAAUCAUCCUCUACUGGAAGCACUCUACGAUAUUCGAUGUGGGUGAGAACCUGAUGGUGCCCGAUGAGUUCACUGUAGAGGAGAAGCAGACUGGGAUGUGGUGGAAGCACCUGGUUGCAGGCGGAGGAGCUGGAGCCGUUUCAAGGACCUUCACGGCUCCACUGGAUCGACUCAAAGUCAUGAUGCAGGUUUAUGGAUCCCGAACCAACAACAUGUGCAUCAUGACCGGGAUGAUGCAGAUGAUCAGAGAGGGUGGUACGAGGUCAUUGUGGCGAGGAAACGGUGUGAACAUCAUCAAAAUCGCCCCGGAGACGGCCCUAAAGUUCAUGGCAUAUGAGCAGAUAAAAAAAUUAAUCUGCAACGAUAGGCAGACUCUAGGGAUCAUGGACCGAUUUGUUGCAGGAUCUCUGGCCGGAGUGAUGGCACAGAGCACAAUCUACCCCAUGGAGGUCCUGAAAACCCGUCUUGCUCUGAGGAAAACCGGGCAGUACUCGAGUAUCUCGGACUGUGCGAAGCAGAUUUUCAGGAGAGAGGGACUCUGUGCUUUUUAUAAAGGCUAUAUCCCCAACAUGCUGGGCAUCAUCCCCUACGCAGGCAUCGACCUGGCAGUGUACGAGACGCUGAAGAACCACUACCUGCAGCAGUACGGCACCAACAGCACCGACCCCGGCAUAGUGGUCCUGCUGGCCUGCGGCACCGUGUCCAGCACCUGCGGUCAGCUCGCCAGUUAUCCUCUGGCUCUGGUCCGCACUCGCAUGCAAGCACAAGCAGUGGAAGGCAGCCAACAGAUGACCAUGUCCGGUCUCUUCAGGCAGAUCUUGCAGACUGAGGGCCCGACGGGGCUGUACAGGGGCCUCGCCCCCAACUUCCUCAAAGUCAUCCCCGCUGUUAGCAUUAGCUACGUGGUGUACGAGCAUUUGAAGACACAGCUGGGGGUGAAAUCGCGUUGAAGCUCACCCUCAUGACACUUCUGAAGAUUGAUGUGACCCUCACCCCCUCCGUCGCCUACAAAUCCUGCCAGGGAAACCCAAGGACCUUUUGGUUCUUGUAGCGACCUCAUUCUGUGAAUGUCUGCGCUAAUAUGAAAGACGAGAAAGGACACUUAAGUUGAAAAGGUGGAGGAUAUGGACUCUGUGAGCUCACGCUGUCGGGAUUGUAAACUGCUGCUAUUUGUUUUUCUUUUUUUGAAAGAGCUGUUGAGAGUUGAUCUGAGAAAAAUGAUGGAUGUGGGUGAUCAGUUAAUGGAGGACCAAAUGAUUAGUUUUUCCUGCUGUUUGGUGCCUUUUUCAUAUUAGUGUGACAUUGAAAGGUCUGGGCAGUUUACCAGCAUUUGUGGUAUGCAAGUUUUGGGGGGGGGGAAACUCCAAUUACGAGUACCUUUUAAGAUGGCAGAUAGCAUUAAUAAGCAGUUUCAUUAUUCAACCAUUCUGCCUAUAGGAAAAAAUGUGUUCUUAACUGAGAGAAUUUUGCACAUGUGAGUUUGAUCUCUCCAUCCCUUUCCCGAAUGAAUGGAUGGAUGGAUGGAUGGAUGACAGGAUUUCCUGAAUGCCAGUCUGCAGUAUUUAUUUCCUUUCAUCCUGUAUUUAUUGUUUUAAUGUCUCGGAGAGGAAGGAGGUACAAUGCUGCGUGAUUCUGAAGAGCCAAAUGUGCGACCUUUAUAAAUGCAGUGUCUGUAUUCAGGGUAAAAACUAACAGCGACAGCCUUAACAUGUGCCUUUUGAAACGCUAAAUAUAGUUGUCUGGUGAAAUGUUGAAAAUGUGUUUUUUGCCUCUACUCAUAAGUCAUAGCUAAUGUUUGACCUGGGAAAUAACUUUUUUUUUUGCCUGUGCAAACUUCUUCAGGUUAUGUCUGUUAAUGUGUAGAUGUUCUUGCCCGUUUUCAAGGUAUUGAUGUCUUUAAUGUUCACCUCAGGUUAAGGGCAGGUUAUUGUUUAAUUCACAGAAAAGCACACUACAUGUUUACUGAGGAAACCACAGGCUUUAAAAAAAGAUGGGUGACAUGAUGCACUUUAAUCAAUGCUGGAAGGGCCUCUGAAUGAAUGUCAUAUCAAUCCAUGUAUUGGAAUGUAAUUAUUCUUUUGUAAAGAAUGACUUUUAGUCUUGUUUUAAUGGACCAUUUUGAUGCAAAUAAAUGCAAAUUCUUGUAA